CCGCCCACGGCCGGCCCGCAGUGGGAGAGCCGCUUCCGGCAGGCAGCCUCGGAGGACGCGCGCGGCGCGCCCGGCCCGGCAUGGCGGGCGUCCACCGCGAGCUGCAGGAGUACCUGGCGCAGGGGAAGGCCGGCGGGGCGGCCGCCCAGCCGCUGCUCGCCGCGGGGACGGCGGAGGAGCCCGCGGCGGGGGCGUGGCUGGGCCGCGCGGGCCUGCGCUGGGCGUGGGCGCCGAGCCCCGCGGAGCCGCAGCGGGAGCCGCAGCCGGAGGCGGGCCCGGCGGGCCUGCCGCCCGUGACGCGCGCGCAGCGGCUGGCGGCGGCCGGCGCGUGCCUGCUGCUGGCCGCGCUCUGCUUCGGCCUGGCCGCGCUGCACGCGCCCGUGCUGCUGCUGCGCGCCCGCAAGUUCGCGCUGCUCUGGUCGCUGGGCUCGGCGCUGGCGCUGGCGGGGGCCGCCGUCCUGCGGGGCGGCGCGGCGUGCGGGCGCCUGCUGCGCGGCGAGGAGCGGCCCUCGCGGCCCGCGCUGCUGUACGCGGCGGCGCUGGGCGGCACGCUGUACGCCGCGCUGCGCCUGCGCAGCACGUGGCUCACGGCGCUGGGCGCCUGCGCGCAGGUGGCGGCGCUGCUGGCCGCGCUGCUGGCGCUGCUCCCGCGCGGCGCCGGCCCCGCGCUCCGCCUGCUGCUCGGGCGGUGGGGCCCGGGCGCCCGCCUCGCCCAGGCGCUGCCGGUGUAGGAGCCGGAGAGGCCGCCGCGGGAGCUGGAGCGGCUGCGACGCCCCGGGGCGCGGUGACUGCCUCGGGCGGAGCUGCCCUCCGCCCCGCAGGAAAACGUCUCCUCUCGGCUCCUGAAGACUGUUCCUCAUCCUUCACUGAGAGGACCCAUAGAGGGAUCGGCUUAAACAUUAACUUAGCCACCGGACGGCGUUAAGUACUUCCGAGGGUUCACUUCGUCCAUUUUUUAUUGAAAUUAUAAAUGCGCUUUAUGAGGUUUGAGGAAAGCAGAGGACCUAAAAUCUGUACUGAUGCCCGGCCGGUGCGCUCAGUGGUUGAGUCAAGAGACCACGGUUUGAGCGGUAAAAACUUGUUUUAAAACUUGAUUUCGGAGAGGAAGAGCGCAUCCAUGACGAGAGGAUCGCCGACCCACUGCCCGCCGCCCGCCCGGCCCCGCCGGUGCCCAGCAGGCCCGCCCCGCGGCGUGGUCUGCCCAGGCUCCGGUGCCGGCAGCCGGCGGCGCCCGCGGUCUGGACGGAACUGAGAUGAGGGCCUCCUGAGGAGGAAUUCUACAACCAGAGCGCCCGGAUUUGAUGGAAACCACAGUCAAGUGUCAUCUUUAUCUGCUUUUGAAGCGAUUGAAUUGGGCAAUCCCAAUGCAACGUACGAUGCUUUUCACAUCUGAGUUUUCCUUUUAGGUCCAGCAUGUUUUCUGUGACUUGAUUGCACACCUAAUUCAUUGCCAGAAGGUAUGGGCCGAAUAUUCGAAUGAGUCCAUAAAACUGCACGGGUAGCCGCUGUGUAUCAACCAGAAUGGGAAAUGUAUUAGAAUGUUAGGAAUUCUGCGGUUCUCAGCUGACAGCUCCUGGAAGAGCCAAACUGCAGAUCACUUCGCUCAGCCCCGGGGCGGCGGGGCGGGGCUGCUCUAGAGCCUCGAUUCCCAUGCUCCAGGCGGUUCCUGUUCCUCUUCCCACCCAACCUCCACACUCUGAGGUCCGAGCAGCGCUCCUGCCACCAGCGUGACACUAGUGAGGCAUCCACAGGCGCUUACAGGCCACUCCCAGCUCCCCCGCCCCACAGCCUUCCUUUAAGAUGACGCCUGGUUCCUGGAAAAGUAAACAGGCUUACCUACCUCAAGUGUAAAAGCAAAUGCAGUUUUCAGGGAGAGGUUUAUUUUUUUUAACUGGAAAAUCUUGUGCUCCUGGCUGCUCUUACUACCUGCUAGUUAAUCUCUAAUUCUAAAUUUCUCUAGAAUCUUCACAACGGAAGAUUUUACCACAAUUAGCACAUUUUUAUGAUGUUGUUUGUAAAUAUUGCUUUCCCAACCUUUUCUCAAGAAUUCAAGACUGAAAAUCUACCUUUUAUAAAAUUGAAAGCACAACAUAUUUCAAUAGUGAUGCUUUAAAAUGUGUGUGUAUAUAUAUAUCAUAAAUAUAUAUAAUGUAGAGAUUUCACUUUUUUCUAAUUCAUACUCAAAAUUUGAUCUGGCCUGGCUGGUGUGACUCAGUGGUUGGCCCCAACCCAUGAAGCAGCUCAAGGUUUGCUUCUGGUCAGAGCACAUCCCCUGGUUGCAGGUUUGAUCCCCAGUGGCAGGUGUGCAAGAGGCAGCAGAUCAAUGAUUCUCAACAUUGAUGUUUCUAUCCCUCUCUCCUCUUCCUCUCUCUGAACUCAAUAAAAACUUUUCUUAAAUGUGAUCUAUUCUGCUUACUGAGGUACUGUGUUUAAAAAUUAAAAAGCAUAAAAUGUUAAGGUUUCUUACCAUAUUCCCAGAAAAAAACAAUCCCUUUUCUGCUUCUCAGAAUUGAUAUAGACCAGUGGAGGGCAAAACGAAGAGCCACAAACCU